UAGGACUCAAUCCGGAAAUCUGGCUGUGACAGGAGGAGCGAUAGCGGCUGAGUUGAGAGUUUGCUGUUUCGGCGUCUCGAGAAAGGGGAUUUCUUCGUUUGCCUCCGUUUUACGGCGGGCUGUUUGGCCACUCAGGUCUAGUCUUUUCUCCCUGUUGCUGCUGUCAUAAUGUCCUCUGAUUUCGAGGGCUACGAGCAAGACUUUUCGGUUCUUACCGCUGAGAUCACGAGCCGCAUCGGCAAAGUCCCCAAGUUGGUAGGAGAUGAGAAGAGGCAAUUGGUUUCAAAUGUGGAAAAGCAGCUGGAAGAGGCAAGAGAACUGUUGGAACAAAUGGAACUUGAAGUGCGUGAAAUCCCUUCACAGAGCCGAGCCAUGUACAGCAGUAGAGUGAGGAGCUACAAGCAAGAAAUGGAAAAGCUUGACACGGAUUUUAAAAGGUCACGGAUUGCCUACAGUGACGAGGUGCGGAAUGAGCUCCUAAGGGAUGACGGGAAUUCCUCAGAGAACCAGUUGAUAAAAUUACGUGAAGAGAGGGCACAUCUGCUCGAUAACACAGAGAGGCUGGAAAGGUCAUCUCGGAGACUAGAGGCUGGAUACCAAAUAGCAGUGGAAACUGAACAUAUUGGUCAGGACAUAUUAGAAAAUCUCAGUCAUGACAGAGAGAAGAUCCAGCGUGCUCGAGAAAGACUUAGAGAAACUGAUGCAAACUUGGGAAAGAGUUCAAGAAUCCUUACAGGAAUGUUACGAAGGUAAGGGCAAGAAUCAUCCAGAACCGGAUUUUGAUUGUUAUCUUGGCACUCAUCAUCAUCUUUGCAGUCCUGAUGGUUAUUUUUUUUUCUGUCAGGGGACAUUGAUAACUUUGUUCUUUGCUAACCAGCAGCAAAUGGCUUCAGAGUCAUGAAGACAAAGUGGUCACAUGAAUCAUUCUCUUGCACUGAAAUGGAUCUCCUUCUCAAACCCCACAGUCCAUCUCUGGUGCAAAUAGCAGAAGUGUAUGUGUCAUUAUUGGCUGCAUGUUCAUUAAAUAAUUGUCUUUGGUUUAGAGAUAUUUCAUAAUAGGAAUUUCCAUAUUUAGCAUAAGGAAUGGCAAACUUAAUUAUCAGAUAUGCGAUCAUAAUUAGUGUACUAAAUUUAAUGGCAAAUUAUUAACAUUGAUAAUGGUAACAAUUGAAACACAUGAUUUGUACUGAAUUGGUAUUUAAAUCUUUAUCAGAACCCCUUUUAGGAUCCUAGAAAUAGAGGCAAAAAAAAAAAUCCAAAUAUAUCAACGUUCUCCUAACUCUCCCUAAUAUAACCCCAAAAGAAAAGAAGUUACAGUUUCUAAUAAAUAUACAGCUUUUUUGAAAGUACGGUUUAAUGUCCACUGUGAACUUGAUAGUCUAACAACCAUUUUUCUUACCCUGGAUGUAUUCUCAUCUGCCCCAUGUUCUGAAUUGUCAAGUAAGUUUAUUUUGCAGUUUUGUCCUAUGAUCAUGAUAUUACAGUUAGUUUUGCUCUGUAUUAUUGUGAUUUUAAUGUAUAUAGAGUUCAAAUCAAAAAGAUACUGUUAAAUAAAUGUAAGAAGACCACUUCAUGUCAUUUCUGGAUCUAAAUAUUAAAAAAUAAUGUUAUUUAAAAUCUGCAGAAUUGUGCUAGAAUCAAUAUGAUGGUAUUAUGGUUGAAUGAAUAUUCUGAAUGAAUUGUAUCCAAAGGUAAUGUUCAUUUGUUUAAAGAAAUAUGGUCUUAAGUUAAUGUUUUUGGAUAAAAUCUGUUCACAUCAGGCCAGCAAAAUCCUUCUGGAAAACAAAUUAAGCCAGAUUUCAUUUAUCUCCCCUUUAGCUCUGUCUUGACAGUGAUUUUGCUCUCUUAUCUCUAACCCAGUUUACAUCAUCUGUAUUUGGACAUUUAAGUCAAGCUGCAACCAAGCCUUCAUCCUUGUACCCUUUGUACAGCCGAGGCAGGUUUACUGUCAAGUCUAUAUGCUAUGAAGAAACAUUGUCCAAUAUGGUCCUUAGUAUAAGUAUCAAUAGGAUGACCUGAAAGCAUAUUUUCUUUGAACACACACAUUGCUUGAAUACUCCUAUUACUUUAUAUAGUAUUAUACGAAAGCCUUUAUUUAUGUCUGUGUACCUUUAAUAUACAAUAUACAGUAUGAAGAGAUGGACAGGCUGUACAGUCUCACACAUAUUCACACCAUCCACUGGACAUAACUGGCAAUAAAAUCCAGGGUUAAAAUUGAAUUUGAUGUGAUAUUUCUCCUUCAGCCUUGUCACCCAAAUAAGAAAUUUCUUCCACUGCCCCCUUUUUCCUGCAUAGAGUCUAUACAGGGCUUAGCGACAUAAAGGGCUUAUAGAUGGCUUUGUAGUAGGGUAAUUGUCAAGCCCAACAGCUGUGAACAUAUAGUGUAGCAUCCACACUUACUAGGGAAUAUAGUUUAUAUGGUUCCCAAUUUCCCUGAAUAUCAGGAACUUUGGAAACUAUGUUUCCCAAUGUUCCAUGAAUUCCUUGGGCGUUGUUCCAUAUGAUUGCAGCAGCUUCUAAAACCCUAUUACACUACUCACAAUCAGCUAAGGAGAGACAAUAGAGAAAGAGAAAGCUGUAGGACUGUAUUUGGAAAGACUAUAUUCUAGCCCUCCUGCUCAGUAUAUAAUCCCUGUCUGGUCAAUUUUUCCAGCGUUAAUGCCAUUAUUUUGCCACUUUUCAUUGUAAAAUAGUUUUGGCUAAAAUCCCUUUGUAUUCUGGUGCAUAUUAGGAAAGGAUGACACAAUUACCUAAUAGUAAUCAUGCUUAGAAUGUUAUUCAUUUACCUGGAUAGGCAAGCAGGAAAUUUUCAUGAUAACUUUUCAAAUUCAAUAUUUCCUUGCAAAGAUUUUGAAUUGUUAUGGAACAAACUCAACCAUAAAAUAUUAGAGAGACACAAAAGAUUGGCAAUCACCUGAAGGUCAUAAGAAUCUAAAAGCUUUAUUCUACCUAGGAUUUUAAAGAACACUUCCACAAUAUCCCUACUCAGACACUCUGGAAUGGAAUUUGGCCCGAAACAUGUUUACUAUGCCCAGACACAAAGAACUGAAUGAAUUUUAUGUUGAUGUAGCUGAUUCAAGUAAAACUUGUAUAGCUUAGUGAAGAAAUUUAAGAUGAAGAGAUUCACAAGAUAAAUGUUGUUUCUGGAAAAAGGUUAGGGCAUGUAUGUCUUCAGAUAAAUCAUUUAAGUUGUGUAAACAGAACUAUAGCUUUUACCUUAAUAAUAGGGAAAGGCUGAGUUCAUGAGAUCUGGGCAAGAGGAGAUGAAGAAGAUGCUUUCCAGUGUUAAAAAUAUGUAUCAAAGCAGGUCAGAAGAUGUACAUUUUCACAAAACCUUUGUUUUGAAAGCAGCUACUGUAAAUAUAAAGUUCAAAGAAAAUAUAUUAAAUCCUGUUUAUAGGCUA